AUGACCUCUUCAAACGCAAAGACGAACAAGCAAGUUGACUUGGAUAACUUGAUUCAAGAAUUCUUGCAAUGGCAAACGGUAAGUUGAGGUUUUACUACCUAACUUAUUAUUGAUUAGAAAUAUAAAUAUUGAGCUCAAGCUAAAAACAAUUUAAGAUUAGUUUUGAGCUUAUUUUAUUAGAAGUAAUUUUUUUCCCGUUGACGUAUAAAUUUACAGGCAUUAAGAGAUGCGGCUCACGAAAACAAUUGCCUUAAAAUGGAGAUCCGUUCCCUCACAAGAAAACUUGAAACGAGCCAAGAAGCAGAAACGAUUGCAUUGGAAGGUGGGUCUACCAGGUAUUCAUAAAUGAAAGCCUCUGUACCUGUGCCCCAUGUCCACAUUUUAAAUUUGAAGUCCUUCUCUAUAUUCCUCGACCUUUUAGACGCUGGAAAGUUAAAAGGAAUUAUAGACAGUCUCCAAGGAGUUUUAUCCAAACGCUGUGACCAGGAAGGUAUUUUUAUUAUCAUUAUUAUUAUUUAUUAUUUAUUUUUAUUUUUUUUUACAGUGAAAGAACUCGUUCUGAUGGUAUUUCUUAAUAAAUGGCAGACAACCACUUGACACUUAAUUACCAACCAUUUCUCUUAGCUUUCUUCUUCUUUCAUUCCUAAAGGCUUUCCCGACCAUUUGCUAUACUAUCAACCAGCAUACAUACACUAAUUCCGAAAAGCUUUUUUUUAUAGUUCAGUUGGUUUUGUCAUCGAAUUCAUGACUUCAGUAUUAACAGAAGGCGUCAAAUAUAAUAGCCUAGCUAACGGCAGAUCCUCGCCAACCUUCUCUAUCAUUUUUAUUUAAAUUUCAAUCAGCAUACAUACACUAAUUCCAAAAAGACUCUUUUAGUUCAGUUGGUUUUGUCAUCGAAUUCAUGACUUCAGUAUUAACAGAAGGCGGCAAAUAUAAUAGUUUAGCUAACGGCAGAUCCUCGCCAACCUUCUCUAUCAUUUUUAUUUAAGUUCUUUUUUUUAUCACUUUUUUCCACCCCUCAGCAUCCCAUCAUUUCCUCCCUAUAUUUCUUGCUUCUUCUUUGCCUUCCGUACUUCAAAAACAAAAAUAUUUUAACUAUAUGAUCCAGGUGUUCCCUUUGUUUCUUUAGAAGAGAAUGAGGGUCUAAAAUCGCAGAUCUCGAAGAUGGAAGAAAAAUUCAACAGCCUGGAAAAGGUUUAUAUAUCCUUCUCAUCCUCUGAAUAUUUACGUGAUUAAAUUUUCAUAUUAUUUCAAUGUCCAAAAUAGCUGAAAACGAGACAAUUUGUUUUGAUAUAUAUGGCAAUUUCUUUUUCCAUUUAAUAGUUCGACGGUUGAAGUUUACCAUUUACAUAAAGCUCAACGUACGUUUCCUGUUUUUAUGGCAAUAUUUCAAGUCGGGUUAUGCAAUUGCUACAGUAUAAGGCAUUUGCAACAAGCUCUAAUUGCCUAUUAAUUAAAUAAGAUAUAUCCUUAAUUUUUUUUUUGGUCUUAAAGGAACACAAACUCCAAAUGUCUGAAGCAUUUAAGAAUCUUGAGAUUUCAGAGCAAGCUCACAGACAGGAGCUCCUAAAAUUCAAGGAAGAGACUCUUCAACAGAGUAAGAAUUGUUUUGCUACUUAAAAGGCAUCGAUACGCUCUUUAUUAUCUAAGUGGGUUCGUCUCAGGGCAGUGCUUUCAUCGAUUCUACUGAUGCUGACACAAUGCAUCAUGAUCUGCCAAUGGUUAAAAUAAAUAAUACAUAAUGUGUUAUAUACCCUGUUUCGUGACCCUGUUUAAGCCGACUCAAGACCCCGAAAACCAUACUUUGUCUAGCGGCACCUUAUCUUUCAGGCGAAUUUAGGCUUUGCUCCGUCCCUAGGAACUAGCCCUAUGUCUAUUUCAAGGUAGCACUUUACUUGAAAACCCGUAGCCAAGUUGCGUUGACCUUAUCGCGUCAAUCCCCAUAAAUCCGUCGGUGCUUAAGUCAUAAUAUAUUGGUCGCAUUACAGGGUCGUUCCUUUCUUUUCCCUAGGCAGAAGAGAAAUUACAGAAUUACAAAAGUCCUUACAAGAGAAAGCAGAUGAAGUGCGACAAUUGCAGAAGCAAUUGGUUGACACAAAUCAUGCUAACCACACAGAAAUAGUCAAGAUGCGUUUAGAGGUGAACGCGUGUAAAGAAGUUGCCCCACAGGUGACCCAGGCUCUUUGAUAGCACCACAGUACGGUUCUAGAAAAAUUACAGUGUUUGUAUGGGGUAAAAUAUUCCGACAGAAUAUGAAUUGCAAUAACUGAGACGAAUGUGAAAGGCAUGUGCACCAGUAAACAAAGAACUAGCACUAUUAACAUAUUUAGCCAUUAAUGCUGCCGUAACACGCCGACUUCUUGUCAAUACAACUGAACGUUCUAUCAGUCAAAUGUGUGAACCAUCGUGAGUUUCGUGACACCUCUCUUUGAAUUUGGUCCUGUUGUACAAAUGCCACGGUAAGAGCCAAAAUUCACUUAUAUCUUUUGCUCGUUAUAAGUUUUGUUAAUCCUUCUUCUUUGUUAUUUCCUUUGCACUUAUAACCUUGCCCUAUUGAUGUUUGAUAGACUCUCUGAGGACCAGCGCCAGGUGCUGAAUAUAGUUCGAGAGGGACACAAUGUCUUUAUAACAGGUCAGGGUGGUAUGGGGAAAUCGUUUUUUGGUUAUGUAAAUAUAUAAAGAGCUGACGAGAUCGGGAAAGCGCAAGGCGAUCAUUUGUUCAAGUGGAAUCGCAGGAACCAUAUAGUGAUGGGCAUGCAUCCACUGUCCACUCGUUCUGCGGACUAAAAACAGCCGAGCUGCCUUGGUUUAAGGGGUUAAGAGGUCAUUUUCAAACAGUAUACUGUAGUUUCUGAAAACGCCAAUAACAUAAACUGUUUAAUCUGGGACGAAGUUUCAAUGUCUAGCCGGAGAAUUUUGGAAGUCGUUAAUCACACACAAAUCGAAAUCUCCCGAGGUAUGAAAAAUUGUGGGUCCUGUUCCGAACUUAAUGGAUGAUGGACAAUUCAUGUUUCGGUCUCCUGUGCUAAUCGCGCUAGUUCUUUGUUUACUGGUGCACAUGCCUUUCACAUUCGUCUCAGUUAUCGCAAUUCAUAUUCUGUCGGAAUUUUCUGUAUAAUUUUUGACAUUAUUUUGUAAGCGUCACCCGUUUAUUUACGAUCGUUUCGCUCGAGAGUUCACAGUUCAACCUUGUUUUUAGCCCGCCUUGUAAGUAUUUAGCGUUGUUAUUUCAUAGUUUCAUUACUGUUAUUUGCAUUCCUUAGUAAAAGAAAUGGGGUGCCUUGUAACUUGGCAGACUACUCUGGUUUUAUUUAAUUUUUGUAGCCAUUUAAAUUUAGGCCCGUGUGCGGGGUUUGCUCUGGCGAAUUGUGAUUGGCUAGGAAGAACAAUUGCCUUCUAUCAAGUAUUUUUCCAGCAGGGGAGGGUGGCGUUAGGCAAAUGAUGUAUCGGUCCCCAGAAAGGUCACCCCAGGACUCCCGGGAUGGAAUUUUUUUGUAGAGUGCCCAGGCCUCAUUUUCUUGGCCGCGCGUUGAUUCGGCGAGCAUAUUCUAAAAGCUCGGUAUGUUUGGAUUAUAUCCUUCGAGUUUGUCAAAGUCUGUGGGAUUCAUUUCUCUAUCUGGGAAAGCUUCACUGGUUUCUAUAUUUGUUUCUAUAUAUUGUUUAUUUUACCGUUGGAGUUCGAAUUUCGUGGAAAAAGUUCUGAAAGUUGUGUUGAAUGAGAGCGAAAAUGGCAUCUCGUGUCUCCUACCUUGUAUAUUAUUAUUGUAUAAACAUGAUAAAGAGUGAAUUUGAACAAAUUACUGCAAAUUAUCACGAAACUUCGUUGGAGCAAUAAGGACAACAACAACUAACUGCAGAGUAAGUGUCAUUGAUCUUUAUUUAGUAUUUCCUAGAAAUUUUAGGAUGAUAUUUUUACCCCAUACAAACACUGUAAUUUUACUAGAACCGUACUGUGGUACUAUCACAGAGCCUGGGUUACCUGUGGUUUCCCCUUGACUUUUACUUUGUUCUCGACAUCCUUUUUUUGUCUGUUCCCGAAUUCAAAUUUUAUUCUAAUCAGUAUUUUGGUUAGUAGUGUGUGUUUGAAUAUCCCAAUCUUAACGGCUCAAUCCACCACUGAACUUAAACUGCCACUGAGGUCUUCAUAACGGCCGUAAUAGACUAUCGUGGAACCGAAGGCAUGCUUGCUAUAUAGUUUCUUAUAGUUUGGAUAGUAUUUGCAAGGUAAAACCCAAAAAUAGAUAGCUGUUCAAAGGUCCUCAAGCAAAGGACUUAAAGUAUCAUCAAGCAUGUAAUUUUCACGUUUUAGUAUGACGCAAAACUAUUGAAGCUCCAAAGAAGCAACGCAAAGGCUCAGGGAGGUCAAACGUCUAAUGCCAACAGCGACAUAUUUAGAAAGGUAACCAUGUAAAAGCUAUCGUCCUUUACUAUGUUCAGAAGAUAUAGUUCCUCGCGAAGAGGGGCCAAAGGCCUGGCGAAGAGUGUUUUCUUAUAUUCAUACUGUUGGUCUAUUACAGGCUCAAGCUAGGCUCACGAGGUUGUGUGAUAAACGUAUUUUUAGUUCAUCCUUUGAAGAGGCCAAUAAUACUGGGGAAUUUAGGCAUAAAGGGUGAAAGAGAGGAGAGGUUCUCUCUACCUUUUAUUUUCUCCACCCAUGUCCAAGAGAUAAAGUAGGGUGGGCCGGGGGAAAAAUUGGUUUCCUAAUCUAUGUACAACAAAUCUCCGUUUACAGUUAUAUUUUGUCAUCAUGUAUUUUUUUUGAACAGAAACUCCAGUUUGCCAAAGCUGAAGCGCAAAAGGAGAUCACAUCACUCAAGAGCAAGGUUUCAGAAUUGGAGCGAAAGCUUUCAGCUCAACAGACCACCGUGGCAAAAAGAAAAAGAUUUUAG